AUGAUUUACACCCUCAAAAAACGCUUCGCGAAAGCUACACAUCGUCAGAUUCUCGCUGCUUUGGAGCAUGAGAUAGAACCUCCUUACCGUGAUGUUUACAAAAGCGAAGUUAUGAAAAAGCUGGUCGGCUUAUCGAAGAGGAAGCAAAUUUUGAUGGAUGAACUCGUAAGCACGUACAACGUAACCCAAGCGCAAGACCAUCAGCAGCUCUACGACAUAUUUGCCACGCGUGCUUUGGGCGACAUUGUGAACGAUAUUCUUCAAGGAACAUCUGCAGACCCACAGAAACAUAAUCGUUUCAAAGCUCUCUCAAAGUCGCUAGCACGAGCAAGCAAAUCUGAUGCUGUGAGCAAGGUACGAUAAAA